GGCGGCCGGGCGGCCGGGUUUGAAUCGCGCGGCGCCGCGCGGCCUCAGCGCUGCCGGUCCCGCCAUGCCGAUCCGCGCGCACUGCACCAUUUGCUCUGACUUCUUCGACAACGCGCGCGACGUGGCCGCCGUGCCGUGCGGGCACACCUUCCAUCGGGCCUGCCUCUUCCAGUGGUUCGACACGGCGCCCAGCCGCACCUGCCCGCAGUGCAGGAUCCAGGUCAGCAAAAGACACAUAAUCAGUAAGCUGUUCUUUGAUGUUGCCCUGGAGGAGCAGACAGCACUGGAUGCAGAGACCUUGCAGCCUGGAAGCCUCCUGAAGCAGAAUCAAAUAAGUAUCCAACUGCUUCUUCUCCAUUGGGUCUCAAAGCUCCUCUCAGCGGUUGUGUGGGAAUGUGACUUCAGAGCUUUUGCCAAAACGCACGUGAGGAAAAGUGCUGAAUUCAGUGAUCUGCUGCAGAAUGAACUGGACAAGGUGAAGGCUCAGCUCUCCAUGAAAGAGAAAGAGAAGCGGGAAUGCCAGGCCAUCGUGGACGGGCUGCGGGACACUCUGGAUGUGCGCAAUGCCACGAUAGAGUCGCUCCAGAAAGUGCUGGGAGAGACAGAGAUGCUGUGUUCCUCUCUCAAGAAACAGAUGAAAUUCCUGGAGCAGCAGCAGGAGGAUAACAGAAGUUCAAAGGAAGAGGCCCGUCGCCUGCGAAACAAGCUGAAAACCAUGGAGCGGAUUGAAUUGUUGCUUCAGAGCCAGCGCCCCGAAGUGGAGGAGAUGAUCAGAGAGAUGGGAGUUGGGCAGGCAGCAGUGGAGCAGCUUGCGGUCUAUUGUGUCUCACUGAAGAAGGAAUAUGAGAACUUGAAGGAGGCUCGGAAGAUCUCUAGUGAGAUGACAGAGAAGCAGAAGAAGGAGCUAUUCUUUGUCAACAGUAAGCUGCAGAAAACAGUUUCAGAGUUGGAGAAGACAAAGGAGGAGUUAAAGAGCACCCAGAAGGAUCUGAAGAAUGCGGACAAGGAAAUCUUGAGUCUGAAGAAGAAGAUAGACAUACUGCAGGACACUCUGAAAGUGCCAUCUGUAACCAGAGAGACGCUCAGCCGGCUAGUCUUUGAAAGCCCAACUCCUGUGGAACUGCAGCAGCCAAAGCUCCACCGUCCAGCUCACAGUGAUGAGAUCAACCUAGAUGACUCUUUUGAUGUGGACACCCCUGAAAAUCAGCCCUGCAGAUCUCCAUUCAGUGCUGCAAAAAGGCAGAAGCUGGAUAAAAAGCGGCCUCCUGUGGUAAAUCUGGCAAAGAAAGCUCUAAAGGAAACAGUGGAGAACUGGGGAGAUGAUUUGGAGGACGAGACUCUUAAAGGAUUCCUGCCAGCAUUCAUCAGGAACUCAGUUUUCUCCAAGAAGCCCGUGUCGGGUAGCUUGCUGGGUCCCCACAGGAACGUGGGCAAGGUGAGGAUGGGGUACGACGGCUUGGGAGGCAGAACCAAGUUCAUACAGCCUACAAGCCCUACAGAGCUCCGUCCCAUAGCAGUGAAGAGCAAGAGGAACGUUUCCAGGCCAGCAUCAGCUGCUGCCCCUGAACGUCCCUGCAGCAGCAGCCGGGCCAGCCUGGAUGCUUUCCUGCAGUGAAGUCCUGUGCCCCUGGGAGCAGCAGGGCUGAGUGUGCUUGCACAGAGCCCGGCCCUGCAGCGAGUCAGCAGGAGCCCAACCCUCUGCCUAGUGCACGGACAGCUUUCAGCCCUCCUCUCUCAUUUCCACGCAGGAAUUUAAAUGGGGAUUGCUCAUCUGUCAGCCUGCUCGGAGCGCUGUAGUUGCUGCUGCUGUUGGUCUCUGCAGGUGGAGCUGCACUUCUGGGACACAGCCACGAGCUGCAGGUGCAAGAAGAGAUCUUGUUGUCCAUCUCCAGCCCAGGGGGCAGCAGCUGGGAGCGAGAGUAGGGAGACGGGACCUGGAGCAGCGCUGGAAAUAGUGCAAGGAUUUCCUUGCUGUGCCCAGGGCCAUGCUGCAGCACAGCCGUGCCUCCUCCUGAGCUGAUCCCCGUCCCUCUGCCGGGGCUGCAGCACCUGUGCCAGGCUGAGGUGUCCUGCUGGGCCUUGGCUUGGGAUGUGGAGCCUGGGCUGGGCCAGAGGGUGGUGAUGCUGAGCCCGUGCCCUGCUGGGGAAGAGGCAGCGCCCCGUGCUGCUGAGCUCUCUCUUCCUGGCCUUUGUUCUAUACUUUUUGUGUGAACUUCUGUUUCUUUUUAAUGUGACUGUAGGCAUUUUUGUCGUUCUUUCAAAGCCAGCCCAAGGCUCUGAGGCUGCGUGCAGCCCCAGCCUGCAGCAGUGCUCCGGGGGGGGCUGGAGCUGCCCUUUCCUAUGCCUUACGGCUGUGGCCCCGGGGGCCCUCCCUGCAGCCCCGGUGGGUCGUUCUGUCCCCACCUGCUGCAGGCUGUGGGCCCGGGCUGACUGUAAACGUGUGUUGAGGGAAUAAAUGAAGUGCUGCGUUUUGGUA